UACUUCCACCGCUCACAGAACCACAUUCCAUUCCGUGUAGACUCUCCUUCCAAUUUUCUUCUCUUUCUUGCAUUCCCAUCAAGUCCGUCUAAUCCUCACUUCUGAGUUCUCACCUCGAAGUGCUCAGUUUAAUUGAGCUUCAUUGGUGGUGUAACUUUCGAUGAAUCAAACCAUGAAGAUACCAAGAAGUGUGACUCUCUUGGUUCUUCUUCUUCUUGCUCUGCUAUUGGUGGUUUCGCAUGCGGACGAGUCUAAUACGAAGCCCUUGGUGAAGUAUCACAAGGGGAAGAAACUCUGUGACAAAGGGUGGGAAUGUAAGGGAUGGUCCAUUUAUUGUUGUAAUCUGACGAUUACCGAUUACUACCAGACCUACCAGUUUGAGAAUCUCUUUUCUAAACGCAAUUCGCCUGUGGCUCACGCUGUUGGCUUCUGGGACUAUCAUUCUUUCAUUACUGCUGCUGCUCUUUUUGAGCCUUUGGGAUUUGGUACCACUGGAAACAAGACCACGCAGAUGAUGGAGAUUGCCGCGUUCCUGGGUCAUGUCGGUAGCAAAACCUCCUGUGGUUAUGGAGUGGCCACUGGAGGACCUUUUGCCUGGGGUCUUUGUUACAAUCAUGAAAUGAGUCCAAGUCAGUCCUACUGUGAUGACUACUUCAAAUACACCUAUCCCUGUGCUCCUGGUGCCCAAUACUAUGGCCGUGGUGCAAUUCCCAUUUACUGGAACUACAACUAUGGUGCCACUGGAGAAGCAUUGAAGAUAGAUUUACUGAGCCAUCCAGAAUACAUAGAGCAGAAUGCAACUCUUGCCUUUCAGGCUGCAAUCUGGAGGUGGAUGACCCCAAUUAAAAAGAAGCAACCAUCGGCGCACGACGUAAUGGUCGGAAACUGGAAGCCGACGAAGAACGACACGUUGGAGAAGCGGAUUCCUGGAUUUGGCACGACAAUGAACAUUCUCUAUGGUGAUUCUGUUUGUGGACAAGGUGAAAUUGACUCAAUGAACAACGUCAUUUCUCAUUUCCUUUAUUAUCUUGACUUGCUGGGCGUUGGUCGAGAGGAGGCAGGGCCUCAUGAAGUGCUUUCAUGUGCUGAGCAAGUUGCUUUCAACCCAUCUUCUUCAACUUCAUCUUGAAUUUCGUCGUACCAAGUCUCUUCUGGCGUGGAUGGUGAGCGAGAGUUUUUGUAAGUUAUCGUGCAGAAAGAAUUUGUCAUGUAAAAAGCCAUGACAUUUAACAGGGGAAAAAAAAAAUCUAGAUCUACUAAAUAUUGAAGUUAUGAAAUUUAAUUAUCAUUAUCAAAGUAUUUAUAUAGUGUGUUU